AUGAACGUAGGACGGUCCCCUAUCGAGCGUCGGUCGAGCUGCAGCUCGUUCUCGAAUUCGUCUCCAUCGCCGCCAAAGUUGCCGAUCUCCAGUAGCACCGCAAACGCGGCAACUCGGUCGUCUCGAGUGGAAGAAUUGGAGCGAGAGAUCAGCGUCAUGCGCUCCAGCCACGAGAAUAUCGUCGCCGUAUUGCGAGCUACUAACCAACAACAUGCUGCUAAUGUGCUCGAGCUGCGAGCACAGGUGGCGGCACUCACAGAAGGAAAUCUGUUGCUGGAGCGACAACUGACUGCCAAAUGUGAACUUGUUCGAGAACUCCGCGAGAUGGAGAAGCAGCAACAGCGCGACACCGUUAGCGUGAGUGAAGUCCACAAGAUCCUCGAGAUCAAGGACACGCAGAUCCAGACGCUGGAGCGGGAAAUGGCUCAGCUCCGGCAGCGACUGACACGUCUCGAGUCGGACAAGGACAGCCAGCUGUACAAGCAGUUCCAGCACUACGAAUCACGUCGCGAGCGUGACGAGAAGCGUAUAAACGAGCUUCGCAAGGAAGUCUUGGCAAUGGUACGUCCUCGUAACAACACUGUGCGAUGCAACGAGCGCCUCGAGUUGCAGACUGAAGUGCGAGAUCUCAAGGAAAUGUCACUCCGGUUCUUUUGA